AGAUUACACAUAACAUGAUGGAGUCGGGCAAAAUCACUUCCAAUAUUUUGUUUUUCCUAUAUUAGUAUCAAAGUGUGUUAACUAUGUGGAAAAUCCCAAAUAAAAUAAGCAAAAUGGAUGUAAAUGUAGUGAUCAGUGGGUAGUAACAUACAUUCAUACGUCUUCAAGGUGUGUGUGAGGACAUUAAAACACAACAGCGUCCACAAGCAUCGUCAGAAAGAUUAAACCAGAUUCCUAUUUAGACGUUUCACUGAGCCACACACAAGAGUUUAAAAAGUCGUCUGACCUCUGCCCCGAAUAAUCCCCCGUCGUGGCGGAUGUAUGAACACAGAUUUAGCCAAGGAUUUAACACUGUGUCAGCCAGGAUGUUUAGUAACUUCGCUCCACUCUUACUGCCUUCUUGGAGGACAUGGCCAGAAAGACGACGCGAGGGCAACGGUCACUUCCCACAAUGCCGAGUCAAGACUGCGCUGAAGAAGUACCUGCAGCAAAACAUAAGAAGAAAAGGGUGAGAAAGGAGACGAAUGGAGUCGAUGAUAUGGAGGAUCAGGGGAUGGAAAUGGGGGGUCUGGGCAGCCGGAGGGAAUCUCAGAUUGAAGAUAAACUUAACUUUGAAGCCACGACGGAUGCACCCCCACAGAGAAGAAAGAAGAAAAAGAAAACAGCCACUACAGAUCUUGAAGACGACCAAGCCGACCUGAUGAACGGAGAUGCAGCAGAUCAGACCACCGAUGGAGAAGAAGUUGUCAAAAAAACCAGAAAGAAAAAGAAGUCCAAAGUUGUUGAAUCGCAGCUUCCCAGUGAGCUUGAAGUAGAAGAGGAUGAUAUCAUCACCGACACGCCGCCUCCAAUCCCCCAGCAUUCCCUGUUCUCAGCCCCGCAGGGUCAGAGCCAGCCGGUCGGGAAAGUCUUUGUGGAAAGGAACAAGCGUUUCCAGGCUGCCGAGCGCUCAGACUGGAGAAAGACCAGCGACCAGACGGAUAACAUGACAGACUUCCAGGUCAUUCAGCCGCUUUGGACCACCAGAGACGUUUCUCUCAGAUUGCACGAAGGUUUCAGGGUGUUCGGCCUGUAUUGUCAUGGCUUCCUGGCGGGUUAUGCUGUGUGGAACGUGGUGGUGGUGUACAUGUUAGCCGGGCAGCACCUCACCACUCUGUCCAACCUGCUGGAGCAGUACCACAGCCUGGCUUACCCCUCCCAGUCCCUGCUCUACAUGCUGCUGGCCAUCAGCACAGUGGCCACCUUCGACAGAGUGAACAUGGCCAAAGGCUCCAUGGCAUUGCGGGGGUUCAUCACACUGGACCCUGUCGCUCUUUCCUCAUUUUUGUAUUUCUCAGCCUUGGUCCUCUCUCUGAGCCAGCAGAUGACGAGCGAUCGGAUCAACCUGUACCCAGCUUUCAACUCAACAUUAUGGCCACCAGGGGCGGAGCACCAGAUUCUCCACCCGUGGGUGACGGUCAAUCUGGUGGUGGCUCUGCUGGUGGGGCUGGCCUGGAUCUUCAUCGCCACCAGACCUGAGACAGACUACACUGAGUGUUAUCUGUUGGCAAUGGAGAUUGAACCUCCCAAACCAGAGGACAAAUCAGAAAUGACUGCCUGAGGAUGAAAAUAAUUCUUGAUAUCUUCUCUGACUCAUACUGUACCGCUUUGUUCUCCUUUUGCACAUAUUUUUGUACUGUAUUUUGACAGUGAACUCUGACUGUGUUGUAGAUUAUUUUUGUAUUUUUGAAAUGUGAUUGUGCUUGUCUCGUUUUAAAUACAGAGUUUUAUCCAACAAAUCCGACAUGGUUCAUGCUUAAAACGUGAUGGCCCGCAUCAAGUCCUAAAUGUGACUUUAUAAUACUAAAUAGUAUGUUAAUUGUA